AUGGAGGAGGUGACGACGUUUCACGGGCUAGGACACCUCUUCAUGACGAUCUUCUUGUACUGCUUCUCAGCGUUUAUUGUGGCUCCGGCGAUUACAGACGUCAGCAUGGCAGCGCUAUGUCCCGGGAAAGACGAGUGUUCUCUAGCCAUUUACCUCUCCGGCUUUCAACAAGCUAUCACUGGUGUGGGUUCGUUGAUGAUGAUGCCAUUGGUGGGAAGCUUGUCGGAUAAGCAUGGGAGAAAAAGUUUACUCACUCUUCCGAUGACACUCAACAUUCUGCCUCUUGCAACAUUAGCGUGGAGCAGAGGGACUACUAUCUUCUACAUCUACUAUGUACUCAAGACUUUCACUUCGAUAGUUUGUGAAGGAAGUGUUCUCUGUCUUGCCCUUGCUUACGUGGCUGAUAAUGUACCACAAGGACAACGAGCCUCUGCGUUCGGAAUACUUACCGGGAUUGCGUCAUGCGCAUUUGUUUGCGCUACUCUCUGCGCUCGGUUUUUAUCUACUGCCGCCACAUUUCAGGUCGCGACAACAAUGGCUGUUUUAUCAACGGUGUACAUGAGGUUUUUUCUACCCGAUUCGAUCCGAGACAAUAGCCUGGUUGUUCCCAUUGUUACAAGCGAGAAACUGAGUGCUGCUUUACUUGAAGAUUAUCCUGGACAUAGGAAUCGAAUAUCUAGAGCAAUUUGUUCGGUACGUGAAAUGGCCUCUUUCAUGAGGAGCAGCGUUCCACUUUUUCAAGUUGCGAUGGUAUCGUUCUUCAGUAGUCUUGGGGAAGCAGGUCUACAAGCUUCAUCUAUGUACUAUCUGAAGGCCAAGUUUCGCUUUAAUAAGGACCAGUUUGCAGACUUAAUGAUUAUAUUUGGCACCGCCGGGUCUAUUUCCCAGUUGCUCUUCAUGCCAAUUCUAGUUCCUGCUUUAAAAGAGGAGAGACUGCUCUCAAUUGGUCUUUUCUUUGGUUGUGCCCAUAUGUUUCUCCUCAGCGUGGCGUGGUCCUCGUGGGUCCCAUAUAUGGCGGCCAUGUUUUCACUUCUCUCUAUAUUUCCGCAGUCUUGUAUGCGGAGCAUUGUCUCCAAACAAGUAGCAUCAUAUGAACAGGGGAAGGCCCAAGGGAUUAUGUCAAGUAUAGGUUCUCUUGCUAAUGUCAUUUCUCCGCUGGUGUUUUCACCUCUAACAGACUGGUUUUUGUCUGGAAGAGCCCCGUUUGAUUUCCCAGGGUUUAGCAUUAUGUGUGCGGGGUUUACCAUGACAAUAGCCUUCAUCCAAAGCCUAAUGAUCAGAGCGACAACUCCAACAUCAGAAAUCGGAUCUCCAUAG